UCACCGCACUUUUCGUCUUCUAACCUCCUAACACCGCUUCUUGCCUUUGGUCACUCUUUCAUUCGCUAUCUUCAGCUAGUGCGCACCUGUUGCAUUUACGACACGAGCGAGUCUUCAUUGCACCCCCCCGAUUCGACUUCCCUCUACCAAGACGUAAAAAUGUAUCAAGCGUAUGCGCAGCAUCGACCGCCGGGGAUGCAAAUCCACGCCGUGCCCGAAUCCGAACGCGCCCUCGACUCGGCUGGGCGCAAACUGCCAUGGGGAUACGACUAUAGCGGGCCCAUCCAGGUGGAGAGUGAUCGCAGUACACCGAUGGAAAAAGGGCCUUUUGGAAAGAGCAUGCGCGCUGGGAGACGGGCCAACAGCCGGUCUCGUAGCACCACUGCUGCACCUCGACAGGGUGAAGAUGCGCGGCAGCGACAGGAGCAGCUGGCUGCCGAGGAUGCCGUAUUCGGCUCUCUGAGAAGAGUCAAUCCCAACACCAAAGACAACGCGAGCAUACAUCCGUCGACUGGCGAAAGCAUACGAGCGCCCGCCGCGCCCAUCGACGGCGAAAGUGAGCCCACCGAAGUCAUCUUGUACGGCUUUGGCGAGGAGCUCCAAUGGGCAGCGAUCGAUUUCUACGAGCGCGUAUCAAACGGCAUCAUCCUCGAGGACUACGAACGCAACCCGCUUGGCACACGAUACGACGUGUCCAAGGCAAGACAAGCUGCUCAACGGAGCCUUUCGCGCGCGGCGUUGAAGAAGAAGAAUGCGUACAAGGGGGGCAGUUGCUGGAUCAAGAUCACAUUCGACAGCAGACAGGCGGCCGAGCUGGCCAUCGCCAGGAGUCCACACACGAUCAAGGGCUUCUUGGUGUAUGCCGAUUACUUUUUGGGCAGAGGUCCUGCCAGAGACGAGGCCAUACACGCGACCCAAGCGGGAGCGCAGCUGACGAGUGAAGUGCUGCCACGCUCGCUGAAGACCAAUGAACCGAUUUUGGAAGAAGGAAGUCCCAGUGGGAGCAGCCGAACAAUCACGAGUGCCACGGCUACAUAUGCCACAGAAGCAGCACCAAGCGGCAGUGGGAGAGGUGGCGCGGGUCUGCCGUGGAGCAAUGCCUCAUUGAUGCAGGUGUCGCCGACGAGCAGUUCCACCAUGCAACAUGGUUCUCGUGACCAGUCUCACGAUACGGCACCAGUGACGACGCCUGUGCCCGCGCAGACUUCCAGCUUCCAGCCGCACCAGGGUGCGCCGGUGGUGCAGCAUCGGCCGAGUCGCCUCAUCGAAGGCAGCGUGCGUUUGGUGCCUCGGUCGCCGGAACUCGCACUGGCGCCCAAACAGCCCAAGGCUAGCUGGACGAGUUGGCUGGGCACAGGAGAGAUUAUUGGCGGUGCUGUGCCUCGAUUAGAGAAUGGCAACUUUGAUUGGGAAAUGGCGAGUCUGUAUUGGAAAAUCUGCGCGUGGAUCGAUAGCGUCUUUGGGACAGAUAUCUGUGGGUUGCAAAUGGACGAAUGAAAGAGCCUAUGAUGUAAAGAGCAGCAUCAAACGACACUGCACACUGACAGAGCCAUCAUUAUUGGAAGCUGCGCACAGAGGAGAACACAGCCUCACUACAUUACAGUGAUUCACGAGCGAUUGAUGCGCAUGAAGCGAAUGACGUAAAAGAUGGGCUCGGUUGUGAAUGGAGAGGUGGAAGUAAUGGAUAGAUGUAAUGAGUAAAAGCGCUCGUGGCAACAGUUGUACAGUACGUAUGGGAGACGAGUACAUCCAUUGUGUACCAGAUACUAGUGGUGUCCAUCGUCCAUAAUGUUGUAACGCCCGACAGCCAAUUCGCCGAGAAACAAGCCAGCGAGCGAAGACAUGAAAUAUCCCACGUUCAGCGUCAUGACUGCCAACAUGAGUAAAUAGCCCACGAAAGCCUGCACGGUAAAUAUACAAGCUCGGGGGAGGUCGGUCGAGAAUCUCCAGGCGGGCAAUGAAGUGUGCUGCCGGGGCGUUCGCAGCACUCGGACAUUCUCAUCCAGUCCUCUCGUUGUCAGCGUCGCGUAGUCGCUCUUCUCGUCUGCUGCUGCUGUCGGUGAAGUCGCAUUAUUGUUGUUGUUGUUGUUGUUGUUGUCGAGUUGGCCUGCUUCUCCGGCAGCCACGACAUAUCGGCGAUUGACGGCUUUGUCAUGCCACUUGGCCUCGAGCACCUGGCGAAAGGCGAGGAGAAGUCGACUGAUGAUGCCGAGGACAAUGAGGAAGAUGCAGGUUCCGGCGUAUGCGCCGGUGGUUCGGGGCGUCCAUGCGGAGGCGUAGAGGGCGGUGCUGUGGUCGGUGGUGAAGACCAUGGACAUGGAGUGGGUCAUGGAAGACAUGGAGGACAUGGUGGAUGAUGAUGAUGAUCCCGAGUCGGACGACAUGGAGGAGUGGUCCAUGUCCAUGGUGGCUUGGGUCGCUUGUAGUCUAUUAAGGUAGAGGAAGUACGAUCUUGCUUGGUUGCGGUAGGCGACGUAGUUGCGGUAGGUAUCUUCAGUCUUCAGAUGUGUCGGAGUGCCAAAAAGGUCGUGUAUCUUGCAAGUAAGUCUUUUUCCAGUGGGAGGAGUUGCCAGGUGUGCUCGAGCCUCACGAACUCAGAUAGCAACAGGUUGAAGGGUACAGGUC